CCCAAACACUCGUACAGAUUGAAGCAGUGAAAAAUGGAUACAAUGAAGGCUCAAGGAGGGAUUCAGAUGCUGUUGAAUGCAGAGCAGGAUGCUCAACAAAUCAUUGCAUCUGCAAGAAAUGUUAAAAUGGGGCGGUUGAGACAGGCUCACGAUGAAGCAGAGAGGGAGGUGGCGAACUACCGCAGUCAGUUAGAAGCCGAUUACCAGAAGCAAAUCUCCGAGUGUAGCGGGAGCUCAGAUUCGAGUGUGAGGCGUCUCGAAGCGGAAACUGAUACGAGAAUUAGAAAGAUGAAGGAAGCAUCCUCCAAAGCGUCUCCGGACGUUGUCGCCAUGCUCAUCAGGCACAUAACUACUAUCAGAACUUGAUUCUACGAAAUUAAAUAAAUGAUCCUUAAAAAAAAUAGUUAUAUGACCCAAAUAAUGUCAAAAUUGUUAUAGUUUAUAACUUGGAUUGAAUGAUUGUUUUAAUGAUUUCAAAUGAAUUAAUUUUACUGUAUGUUCCAGUACUAUAUAAUAUAAUGAAAUAAGCAGCAAAUG